UAUUCUAGUAAUUUGAACCGGACCCAAAAAAAUUGGUUGAUACGCGUCUCUAUGAGGCCCAUAUUCGAUCGCCAUUACCGACCGCUCAAUCCCUUCAAAUCCCCCCAUCUCUCUCUCUCUCUCUCUCACACCCCCAAUUCCAAAGAAACCCAAACCAUUUCUCCGUCUCUCGGCAACUUUUUUUGUGAUUCUCAAAGAAUCUGAUUGAAAAACCAUAAAAAAACAACGAAGAAGAGGAAAAAUGGCUCAGAAAACAGAGAAGGAAGAGACGGAAUUCAAAGUCCCCGAAACCAUACCUCUUUGUGUCAACAACUGCGGCGUCACCGGUAACCCCGCCACCAACAACAUGUGCCAGAAGUGCUUCUCCGGGACAACGACGUCGUCUUCUACGGCUUCUUCGGCGGCUAGCAAGUCGUCGCCGAAGAUUAUUCACAGAUCCAGUUCGUCGCGAUCGGCGGAGACGCGCAAGGAGGCGAAAACGGCGUUAUCGACAUCGGGGGCUUCGGAUCGGCCGAGAUCGGAGGUGAACCGGUGCGCCGGGUGCAGGAGGAAGGUCGGGUUGACCGGAUUCCGUUGCCGGUGCGGCGAGCUGUUCUGCUCCGAGCACCGGUACACCGACCGACACAUCUGCAGCUACGACUACAAGGCCGCCGGGCGCGAGGCCAUCGCUCGGGAGAAUCCGGUGGUGAGGGCCGCCAAAAUCGUCAGAGUCUGAUUAUUUUGUAGAAUUUCGAAAAAAAAAAAAAAUCUUUAAAAUUAGAGUCAAAGAUUGAAAAUUUCAGAGAGAUCGCGAUCUCUUUCAACCUGAGAGAGAGAGAGAGAGAGAGAGAGAGAGAGAGAGGAAGAGAGGUUGUUGUUGUAGAAGAAGAAGAAGAAAGAUCAAAAAAAUUCUCUCUGAUUGUUCGUGGUCUCGAUCAAUCUCUAAUUAUCUUUUUAAUUUUAAUUUUAUUUUUAUGUUUUUGUUUUUGUUUUUGUUUGAAAAUGGAAGAUUAUUGUGGCCUA